AUGUAACUAUAUUACCAAUGUAGUAGCAUUUUUUGAAUAUUAAUAAUGUAACACUAAUAAAAGUCGACACUAUCCAAUCCCGUCCCUAUCCCAUCCUCCGUAACCUUUAUCAUUUCAGAAACACGAACUUCUCAUUUUCCGAUCACCGGAAAGUAACCGCUUCUGGUGAUCGGACCACCAUGAAUUCGCCGGAGCGGAUAGCGGAGGCGAAACAGACACCCGUCGUAUACCUAUUGCUCCGAUGCUCUAUCGCUCUCCUCUUUCCUCUAAUUUUAAUCCUUGUAGCUGUCUUUUCCGUUGUCAUUUUCGCCUUGUUUCUUAGCAAUUUCUCCAUUUCCUAUCCGAUCUCUGUCCCCUGCCAGUGCAGGAUUGUGUCCAGCAAUGUAGAUCUUAGGUCAACAAAAGUGUGUGAACUUGGGUUGCUAAAUUAUAAAGCAAAGCAUGUGUUUUAUCCAUCCGAGAAGAAGAAGUUCAGAUGCCGCCAUGAUUAUUAUUGGGCUUCUGUAUUCGAGGUAGAAUAUACAGAUCACUCCGGUCAUCUUCAUACUGCGUUUGCGGAAGCUCCUAAUGAGGCUCUCCCACUUGAUUGCAGACCAACUUUCAACGCUGCAUGGAUGGCAAAAGAUAGAUUCAAGGUGAAUGAAACGUAUGAUUGCUGGUAUACACUCGGCAUUUCCAAACUAAAUUUGUAUUACGAUGAGUUUUUUAAUUGCCAAGCUGACCACCCGUCAACGACUGAGAUGCUUAAGCGCUAUCUUAUCUUGUCCAUGGAGAUGUUCACGUCGUGGUUUUCUCAAAAGGGCCGGUCUAACAUUGUGAGUUGGGGAGCCAUAGCUGGGGCGGUUACGGGUUUUGUAACCUCUUUGAUCACGGUCGCAUUGGGUAGAAUGCUAUAUCUACUCAAAUCACGCAUUGUUAGUACGAGUAUGAUAAGGGAUGCGUAUUUGAUCCGUUUCAAACGGGCGUGUUUUCUUGUAGCAUAUUUUUCUUUUGUGAGUUGGUUAGCAGUUCAGUAUUGGGGAAAGCUUGGUCUCUUGGACAUCUUUGGUGCUCAUACAUAGAAGGUAUAUAUAUAUAUAUAUGCAGCGCCUGUUAUAUAUGUUUAUUUAUUAAACUGUUAGUUUUUAACAAAAGAAUGUAAAAUAAGAGUAUAACACUCCCUCUGAGCAGGGUGUUUGAUCAACACUUCCUGCAUAAGUAGAAGGUUGAUGAGUUGUAAGUAGACAUGUUACUGCAUAACUAGAAGGUUGGUGUUUUCUAUACUAAACCAAAAUCCUUACAUGGAUUGA